AUGCCACUUACGUAUGUCGCGGCUGCGCGAGGAGCUGCGGUGCCAUUCCCCGCUGUUACCGAUCCUCCCGCUGCAUCACAGGAGCCGGCCAUGCUGCAGGAUGCCCCGGUGGUAGACCAAUCUGUGCGGCCGGCUUCAGACGCCCCCAGUCCGGAUGUCUCCGCGCAUGUGGAACCUCCGCGGACGGUAGUGAUGGACGUGGUCUCUGACGUGACGCCCGAGACGGGAGCGGACUCCGAAACACCUAGUGUGGGACAGUCUCAACCUUCAGACGCGGAGGAAGCCCAUACUUCUCGGCACCAACAAAAGAAGCGCAAGAAACAACGUACCGCGCCCCCAGAUGCCGGCGAAGCAGCUCGCCCAUAUCGUGAAAAAGCCACACGGAUUGCACAAACGCAGCGCGGCACUCCGGCGACGAGUUCUGUAACAGACCAGGCCCCUACGCAGCGAGAGGCCAUCCCCCCUGGUCACUGUGGCGUUGACGCCUGCAGUGCGACCCCCAUGGAUCUGCCCCGCCAGGACAGAGAAGAUUCGAGUGCCGGGAAGGAACAGGACAUUGCUGCUGCAAAGCGUAAAUUAGAACAGGCCAGUGAGCAGUUACCACAGCGCCCGCGCAAAUAUUCGGUGCCGUCACAGCCGGCCGUAACAUCGUGCGGCGGCCAGGCGGAAGCCACCCAGUCGUCGGGCGACGCACGACCACCCCCGCCACCUGACAGUCACAGCCCGUGGUGGCAGCAGCAGGAGGACGAGGGGGGCCAGUAG